AAAUCUCGGGGAAAUCUCGCGAGAAUAAAGGCCAUUUGGAGACGUGCGAGGCGAUAAAUAAACAUAUAAAUACGAAGCGUUCAUGUUUGGCUACGAUUUGAAAGUUUUUUGGUUAUUUCCGCUUUUUUUACUAUUUUCUCUCUCUUAUUUCGCCAUGUCUUCAAAAUACGCAUCGGUAGAUUUUGAAGUUUUCGGCAAUGUUCAGGGUGUGUGCUUCAGAAUGUACACAGAGGAUCAGGCAAAAAAGCUGGGCGUGAACGGCUGGGUGAAGAACACCAGGCAGGGCACCGUCAUCGGCCAGGUCCAGGGACAUCCGGAGAAAGUCAAUGAGAUGAAGCAAUGGCUGAGAAACGUCGGCAGUCCCAGCUCUCGUAUUGACCGUGCUGAGUUCACUAACGAGAGGGACAUUUCUAAACUGGAGGUCCGCGGAUUCGGCACUCGUUAUUGAAUUCGGCCUCCCAGACGACGGCUCCUUAACCUUUUCAGAAAGUAUCCAUGAAGAAUUCAGUCACACCGUCCUCCCUGCUGAGUCACCUUCAUUACAGACUGUUUCACACCAUGAACUUUAUCUCUAAGUCCACAAAGUUAUUUAACCAAAACCUUAACUACUACACAAUGAAUCCAUAUAUAUAUUUAUACUGUAUAUUAGUCGAUUUGAAGUAUGUAUAAAACUAUAAUACAAAGAUUUACAAAUUAAAGAGGCUAUUUGUAUUUUAUGUUUAUUAUUUAUUUACUUAUAUACUGAAUUUGUUUAAUAGCACAGAAUUGGCAAAUGAUUAUUUGCCUUUUAACAAACCCCUUGGAAUUAAAUCAUUAUACUGAAA